UUAUAUUCCACAAUUAUGCUUUUUAGUACGAACUCCGUUUCCGUUCCUGGAAAGGUGGACCCCCCCUCCAUGUAUGGAAGAAGGGUGACAAGCUAUCGAACCCAGUCUCCUCGCGGGAAUCUCGCGUUGUUUAUCUACGCGGUUGUCUCGGAUAACAACGAUACCAACAACAUGGCGAACCGAGCAGUUGCAAAGUUCUCGACUUGGACUAAAGAAACCUACAUCGACCCGAAAAAUAUGCCCGCAAAUCGUUAUUAUACACCAAGCCUUUACACAAGCUUCGGAGACAUUCCUUCUCAUGGCGCCGGUAGAGAAAAAUGGUUUCACGACUAUCGCCGAUCAAACAUUGCUGAGAGAACUCUAAGAAACGGUCAGCUCUCUAUGAAUCCUCCUCCAAUAAGACCUACGAGUUUCUCGGAUAACCCAGAUCGCGUUCUUGGAAAGAGGACUAUGAGAAGGGAGGCAAUCCUAAACAAGCCAAGACACCACUUAGAGAAUCGAAUUCCUGAUAGAGAGCGCGAGCGAUGCCGAAUAGAUGAUCUAACCUUCUACCAUCGGCAACAAUACCGUGAUCCUAGUGGUUCAUUGUAUGAGCAUCGUGUGCCUUAUUAUCACUACCCUACUGAAGCCGAGGAACAAUUUCUACCACGAGUUAGACAGGAGCCAGACACAAUGGGAAGCUAUCCGAACUACCGUCGCGCAGCAUCGGAAAGCGUUUACGACUUCAAACGCGGUCCCAAAGUUUAUGAACUAUGGCAUAAGGUCUGAAUAUGUCUUUUUGUAUACGCCAGAGGAAAAUAUUCAAACUUUACUCCAACCACACGAAAUAUGAGACAAUACGAAAGCAUGACAGUAUGUUAUUGCUCUCAAUAGCUCUCAAUAGUACAGGAGCUGAACGGCCCGUUGGAGUCAGGAUUCAUGCCGAAAAUCGAAGAUUGCGCAAAUUAGGAAAUUCCAUCUUAUGAUAGAAAUAUUAUACUCUUGACAUUAUAUAUCGGUGAUAUAAAGGAAAUCGUAGUUAAUCCUAGGUAAUUUUUGGGUUUUCUUUUUUUUUUUUUGAGUCCCUAGCGACUUGUUGUCGUCAAGAAGCCUUUGUCAUUAUACGUGACGGUCUGUAACGAAAUCCUAAAUGGUCACACCAGUACAACAAAGUCCAACCUGCGAACUUCAGAAAUUGGGAUAUUUCGUCGAUGGCCGGGAAUUUUUUCCCUCGACCCCCUCUCCCUGGCUGAGAUUGAUUAAAUAAGUCAUUUCAAGGGUUAAAUAAUGGUAAAAUAAAAUUGCUAGUGUUAUUCAA